AUGAGCUGGGACGAUGCGCAGAGGAACUGCCAAUAUUCCAAUGGCAACCUGGUGACCAUCCAGAGCUCAGCUGAACAGGAGUUUCUCACCGAUUAUAUCACCAGAAAUCGAGGCACGUAUCCUGAUAGUGGGUUUUGGACUGGCGGAAUUGACAGAGGCGCAAACGGCCUGUUUAGAUGGACAAAAAACAAUAAGCUGAUCCAAAAUGAAGGAGAUUUCCUGGGAUGGGACUACUUUGAUAGUACUAUCACGCAAUCUGGUCAAGACUGUCUGGUGAUGUGGCGUGACCGUGGCUAUCUCUGGCACGACCACAGAUGUUACGAGAAGGUGCACUCUAUCUGCGAAAUAGAAAAAUGA